AUGAGUUUGGCAUCGAUUCCAAAAAUAUGUAUGUUGAUGUGGGGCAUCUGGCCCCCAGAGUUCAUAAAAAAUCCCAGUUUAAGAACUUGGUACCUGAUUUAUAAAUAUAUUUUGGUGGUUUAUGUUUCGAUCCUUGCAGGUUCUUUAAUAUCUGAGUGGAUCAGACUCAUUAUUUUCCACAAAUCAGCUGAAAGAAUCAGCAGCAGCGGUUCUCUGGUGGUUACUAUAAUCCUGCUCUCAAUCAAGAUGCUCAUUUAUCAGAAAAACAAGAUUCCUCAAAGGUUUGCUAAGUUUGUGGAAGUGGAAACAGAUAUUGAAGAUUCCAACGAUCCUGAAGUUCAAAAAAUAUACUAUACAGUUCUCAGAUACGAUAGAUACUUGAAUAUUGGAGUUAUUAUAGCGACAACUUUGGCAGUGAGUUCGUUUGCUAUCAUAGAUAUAAUUAAAUUAUGGGAGAUUGGAGUGGAAGCCUGGAAUUUUGAUGAAGCUUCAUUCAUGUAUGAGUUGUAUUUUCCAUUUGAUAAGAAAAAAUACAUGAUUGUGGUGGUUGCUUUUAAUUUGUAUACAAUAUAUAUGGGAGGAGUUCUUAAUGUUGUGUGUUUGUUGCUCAUAUAUACUUUAAUAGUUUUUUCCGCCUUGCAAUUGAGAAUUUUACGAGUGAGGCUCAGAAAGUUUCAUACAUUUGUCGGAAAAUAUGGUAAAGAUAUAAGCGAGACCCUUUAUUACUUCAUUGUUAAACAUCAGAAGUCUAUAGAGUUUGUUGAGACGUUGAAUCAAUCAGUAAAAUAUGUCAUGCUUAUUGAAUUUUUGUUGAAUUCAGCCAACGUUGCUUCGGUCUUGUUUUACAUUAUAACAGUCAAGUCUACGGAUUUUUUCUAUGCAAUCUGUUUACUAGCUCUUCAACUUCUACAGGUAUUUGUUAUAGCUUGGAUAUCAAACGAAGUGAAACUUGAGAGUCUGAAGGUUGCCGAUGCUGUAUAUGACAGUCCCUGGUAUGAACAAGAUGAAAAAAUAAAGAAGUUACUUCAUAUAAUUUUGUUGCGAGGACAGAAACCAUUGACAUUCACCAUUGGGCCAUUCAAGCCUAUGGUAGCUGAAACGGCCAUAAUGACAAUUCAAGCUGCAUAUUCUUAUGCUACUUUAAUGAUGAAGACCUACAAUAAAUAAGAAAAU